UCAGUGUGUGUGAGGAGGAGGAUGAUGAUGAUGAUGAUGAUGAUGAAGCUGCUGCUGCUCUCUGUGCUGCUGAUGAAAACCUCUGCUGCUCUACAGAACCUGUGUUCUAACACCACGGUUCUGCGGGCCUCGACCCCCUGUAAGUCCUGCAGCCUCAGCUUGUUGUUCUCCGUGUGCCCCCCCGGCUUCAGGAAGACCCCCCGGUCCCCCAGACAGGACUGCACGUUCUCUGUAAAGACGGCCUCCAUGACGCUGCCCAUGCCAGGCUGCUCCUCAGAGUGCUAUAAGGAGGUGGAUCUGAAGACCUGCUGCCCCGGCUUCUGGGGGCCCGACUGCCAGGAGUGUCCGGAGGGGGCCGAGAGACCCUGCAGUCUGAGGGGAGUCUGCUCCGACGGGAUGUGGGGCAACGGCACCUGCACCUGUCAGCCGGGCUUUGCAGGGACAGCUUGUGAGGACUGCUCUACGAAACGCUUCGGGUCCACCUGCAGCUCAGUGUGUUCCUGUGUGCACGGUGUGUGUGCCUCUGGUCUGACAGGUGACGGUCGCUGCACCUGCUUCUCCGGAUACAAAGGGCCCAGCUGUGAUCAAGAGCUACCUGAGUGUGUGUCCCUGCGCUGUCCUCUGAACUCUCGCUGCAUGGAGGAGGCUCUGACUGCUCGGCUGGUCUGUCAGUGUUUACCUGGAUACCAGAAGUCCGGGGACACCUGUCUCUCCGUGAACCCCUGCCGGACGCAGGUGUGUCACCUGCAGGCGUCCUGCGUCCCCACCGGGCCGGGCACGCACCUGUGCGCCUGUAACGAGGGCUUCAGUGGAGACGGGAGGGUCUGCAUGGCUGUGGACCCCUGCCAGAGUAACCAGGGGGGGUGCAGCGCCGAGACCACGAGCUGCGUCUACGACGGCCCGGGGAAGUCUCACUGCGAGUGUCUCCCGGGGUUUGUCGUCCGGAGGGACGGCAGCUGCAGCCUGAAGGACGCCUGCAGUCCCGCGUCCUGCCACCAGGAGGCGACCUGCAGAACCUCAGAGCCGGGCCAGGUCCAGUGCACCUGUAAGCAGGGGUUUGUGGGUAACGGGAAGGUGUGCUACGGGAACAUCAUGCAGCGUCUGAGCGACCUGAACACGGAGCCGUGGGGGCAGUGGAGGGGCCAGCUGAGCAGCGCCAUGUCCCUGCUGGGGUCUCUCUCCUGGUCCCUGCAGAACCUGGGUCCAUUCACCCUGUUUGUCCCGAUCAAUAAAGGCUUCAGGGGGGUUUCGGUGCGGUCUCUGACGGCGGACCGGUCUAAGGCUCAGUACCUGAGCAAGAUGCACCUGGUGGCCGGAGUCCUGCCCUUCGACUCGCUGAAGAGAACCGCUGUCUUCUACACUGUGACGGGAAAGAUGGGGGAGAUGGACACCAGCGAGGGGGACCUGCAGAUGAGGAUCCGUCUCCACGGCAGCAGGAAGAAGGCGGUGAUCCUUCAGUCGGACGUGGUGGCGUCUAACGGGAUGAUCCACAUCAUCAACAAGCUGAUGGACAGCGUGGCACCGACUGUGGAGAGCAACCCUCAGGAGAACCUGUUGAAGAUCGUCUCUGACUACGGGAAGUUCGACACGUUCAAGUCCCUGUUAGAGAAAGUGUCUCUGGCCUCGGUUCUGGACCUGCCCGGUCCGAUGACCGUCUUCGCCCCGAGCAGCGCCGCCUUCAGCGCCAUGCCGGAGGGUCAGCUGGACUGGCUGAGCAGCACCGAGGGCCGGUGGAAGCUGCUGGAGCUGAUGAGGAACCACAUCGUCCCGUCCUCCGGCCUGGACGUGUUUAACGCCGUCUCCGGCCCGCGCCUCGCCUCGUUGGCCAGCCAGGUCCUCACCAUCAACGUGACGAACAACGGUCAGAUUCUGGUGGACGGGGCCGCGGUGCUGGAGGCGGCGGUAGAGGGUAAGAACGGGCGUCUGUACGUCCUGGAGGGGGUCCUGAUGCCGGCCUCCAUCCGACCCGUCCUGCCCCACCGCUGCGACCUCAACGAGACCCGGGCCACCAAGGGCGAGUGUGUGUCCUGCUCUAAUGUCCAUCUGAGUCAGUGUGAGGGUGGAGUUAACACGGGAUUAUCCACCUACGGCUGUGUGUACCUUCGGAGCAUCGAAGGAUCGCUGAGCAUGGGCGUCAGCUUCGGCUGCAAGCCGACCUGCAACACCACCGUUACCACUCGGGCGUGUUGUAAAGGGUUCUACGGUCUGGACUGCACUUCCUGUCCCGGAGGAUUCCAGACACCCUGUUCUGGACACGGCCAGUGUGUGGAGGGGAUCUCAGGGAACGGCUCUUGUAUCUGCGAGCAGAACUUCGGAGGCUCUCGCUGUCAGUUCUGCUCGUCCUCCAGCAGGUUCGGACCCACCUGUGACAGAACCUGUCCCUGUGUCCACGGGCAGUGUGAGAACCGUCCAGAUUCAGACGGACGCUGUAAACCGAACUCGUGUCAGCCGGGCUUCACCGGGCGGUUUCUGCCAAGGGGGGGGGGCUGCCAUCCCAACGCCUCCUGCAUCUACGUGGGACCUGGACAGAGUGACUGCAGCUGUAAGCCGGGCUACAGAGGCAGUGGCAGCAACUGUGAGGCGGUGAACCAGUGCGUCUCCCAGCGGGGGGGCUGCCACCACCUGGCGACCUGCCAGCUGCUGUCCUCUCAGUGGACAUGUGUCUGUGACGAUGGAUACUCCGGAGACGGACAUGUGUGUUAUGGGACCGUCUUCCAGGCGCUGAUGACUCUGCCGGACGUUUCUGAGUUCUCCACCUGGACCACUGACUCUGGUGUGUCCUGGUCUCUGUCGGAUCAGAACCUCACACUCCUGGUCCCGUCUUCAGCUGCCGUCUCUAAGAUGUCCUCAGAGGACAGAAGCUUCUGGACCCUGAAGGGCAAUCUGCCCAGCCUCCUCAGGAAUCACAUGAUCCCGGGGAACUUCCCGUUAUCCAGCCUGAGCAGCACUUCCUCUCUGACCUCGCUCCUCAAGACAUCACUUCCUGUUUCCACCACCAACCAGGUGCAGUUUUCUGUGGGAGGAGCCACCAUCACCACGGCUGACAUCGCUGCCACCAACGGACUGAUCCACGUCAUCGACCAGGUCCUGGUUCCCGACAGGAAGCUGAGUGAAGGUCUGCUGGAGACGCUCGCCCUGCGUCCGGAGUUUUCUCUCUUUAGAUCGUACCUCAUCGACUACAACCUGACGGAGGAGAUCGAGCAGGCGGACGAGUUCACCGUCUUCGCUCCGACAAACGCCGCCGUCACGGAUUACCUCACCAAGAUGGCUGCCACCGCUCUGGAUGUGAAUACGACCCGGUACCACGUGGUUCUGUCAGAGCGUCUCCUGAGGACCGAGCUGCAGCUCGGAGGGUUCAGAGCCUCCAUGCUGGGAGAGAACUUCCAGCUCAGGUUCAGCCCCAGGGAGGGGAAGCUGUUUGUGAACGAGGCCCAGCUGGCCCCCUCUCCCCUCCUCAGCGCUCACGGGGUGGUUCACGGCGUGUCGGCCGUGAUGAUGAUCAUCAGGAACCGCUGUGACGCCUCGUCCUUCACCAAAGCCCCCGGGAGCUGCGUGGACUGCCUGUUCCCUCAGGGGAAGAUCUGCCCCAACGCCACGCGCCCAGACACGUCCAUGCGCAGCAGGAAGUGCAUGUUCACCCGCAUGUUCGAGGGCGAGCGGCUGCUGACCAUCGGCUGCAGAGCCUCCUGCCUGCAGGAGAACAGGGUGCGGCGCUGCUGCUCCGGGUUCUUCGGGCCUCACUGUGAGUCCUGCCCGGGUCCAGCGGGUCGGUCCUGCUCCUCUAACGGGUUCUGCUCGGACGGAGCCAGCGGCGCCGGAAACUGCAGCUGCAACCCGGGCUUCAGAGGCACCGCCUGCGAGACCUGCAGCGCCGGGAAGUACGGCGUGCACUGCGACCAGGAGUGUGUGUGUGUGCAUGGCCGCUGCUCUGAGGGUCUGCAGGGAGACGGCAGCUGUGAGUGUGACGUCGGCUGGAGAGGAGUCCUCUGUGACCAGAAGAUAGAGUCGUCAGCUGAGGAUCUGUGUGGAGCCCUGAAGUGUCACACCAGCGCCAACUGUGUGAUCAGAUCCUCGUCGCCUCAGUGCCUCUGCGCCGCCGGAUUCACAGGGAACGGCACUUCCUGUUCAGCGGUGGAUGUGUGUGUGCAGGGUAACGGCGGCUGCAGUGUGUUGGCGGUGUGUAAGCGCACGCUGCCGGGCCAACGGGAGUGUGUGUGCACGGCCGGACACACCGGGGACGGGCUCGUGUGUGUCGAAAUAAACCCGUGCCUGCAAGGGAACGGAGGCUGUCACUCCGACGCAGAGUGCUUCCACGCCGGGCCCAACAAGACUUCCUGUGUCUGCAGUAAAGGGUUCAAAGGGGACGGACAAACCUGUGAGAUGAUCAACCUGUGCAAAAAGAGGAACGGGGGCUGCCACCAGUCGGCUCGCUGCAACACGACGGGCCCGGGGGUCCGGAGCUGCUCCUGCUACAACAACUUUGUCGGGGACGGGAUCAGCUGCAGGGGCACGGUUGCCCGGGAGCUGCUGGCCAGGAAGCUGAGAGACUUCUACCUGAGUCUAAUGCUGACGGACAUCCCUCUGAAGGGCCGCGGCCCGUUCACCGUGUUUGUUCCCAACAAAGAGGCGAACACCGUGCUGAGAGCCGCCGGAGACAAGAAGCGUGCGAUGACGGGCCCAGCGCACCGCGAGCUAUUAGCCUCGGUGCUGCGCAGCCACAUCGUGAUGUGUCACACGCUGCUGCCCGCCGACCUCGCCCGACCCCGAAACCUCACCUCGCUGUCGGGCACCGUGAUGACCACCCGCAGCCAGGAGGGCAGCAUCUUCAUCAACGAUGCUAACGUGACGUACAGUAACGGCGUCAGCGUGAACGGGAUCUUCCACGAGAUCAGCAAGUUCCUGGUGUCUCCCGUACCGGUCGAGAAUCUUCCCGCCACUCUGCUGAACCUGACGGACGUGGCCGAGCGUCACGGGUAUAAAACCUUCUUCAAACUGCUGCAGGACUCCGGGCUGAUGGACCUGCUUCAGGAUCACAUCUUUCAGCCGGUGACGCUCUUCAUGCCUUCAGACAACGUCAUGGCCGCCCUGCCGAAGGAGCAGAGGGACUUCCUGUUUCACCCAGACAACCGGGCCCAGCUGACCGAGUACCUGAAGUACCACAUCCUGCAGGGCCGGAAGGUGUAUGCUGAGGGUCUGAUCCACCAGGAGGGGGUCCGGACUCUGCAGGGUUCCCUGCUGUCCUUCACCUGCGGGGGGGCGGACGCCAUGGGGCAGAUCUUCCUGAACGACGGGAGGUGUCGCAUCGUGCAGAGACACCUGGUGUUCAGCGGGGGGAUGGCGUACGGGAUUGACUGCCUGCUGACGCCUCCCAGCCUGGGGGGGCGCUGUGACACGCAGACCACCUUCGACCUGCAGAUGAGCUGUGGGCUGUGCAGCACUAGCUCCCUCCGCUGUCCAGACGGGUCCAAACAGAAGGAGAUGAAGAAGUGUGACCUCCCCUCAGUGUUCGUCUCCAGGAACUCGGGGUGUUUCAGCGUCUGCACUGUCCACUUCUGGCAGCCCAGGUGUUGCCGUGGUUACCACGGACGCGACUGUCUGGAGUGUCCCGGGGGGGUCGGCGCCCCCUGCAGUAACCACGGUAAAUGUGACGACGGUCACCUUGGUAACGGCACCUGUACCUGUGACCCGGGCUUUGGGGGCGUGGCCUGUGAGACGUGCAGCGCCGGGUUCUUCGGAGCGAGCUGCACAGCCUGCAGCUGCUCCUCUGGAUCCUGUGAGGACGGACUCAGAGGGUCCGGGUCCUGUUUCUGCGAGGCGGGCUGGACCGGAACCAAGUGCGACACCGAGCUGGGUGGAGGUGUCCAGUGCGCCCCCCCUUGCGCCCCUAAAGCCGUCUGCCAGCAGAACAACACCUGCGUCUGCCGGCCCUUCUACCUGGGAGACGGGCUCACCUGCACAGCGGUGGAACUGUGUAGCACGUGGAACGGCGGCUGCUCCAGGCUCGCGCGGUGCUCUCAGCGCGGGGAGCAGGUGAGCUGCACCUGUCCUGACGGGCACGCUGGAGACGGGUUCACCUGCUUACCUGAGGACCCCUGCGUCGCCAGGGGCAACGGGGGCUGCAGCGAGCACGCCGCCUGCAGCAUGACGGCGCCGGGGAAGAGGAAGUGCACCUGUAAGGAUCAGUACAUUGGAGACGGUCUCAUCUGUGAUCUGAAGCAGGCGCAGCUCAGCCGCUGUCUCCAUGACAACGGGCGCUGCCACCCGGACGCAAACUGCACCGACCUGCAUCACCAGGACUCUACUCUCGGUGUGUAUCACCUGCGCUCGGACAGCGGUCAGUACCGGCUGAACUUCAGCUCGGCUCAGACGGCCUGCGCUGCAGAGGGAGGGAGCCUGGCUACAUACACCCAGCUGUCCUACGCUCAGCAGGGCGGGCUCAACAUGUGUUCUGCCGGCUGGCUGGCCCAGGCCCGGGUCGGGUACCCCACCACCUUCCCCAGCCCCAGCUGUGGCUUCGGACACGUCGGCAUCGUGGACUACGGGGUCCGGAAGAACCAGAGCGAGACCUGGGACGCCUUCUGCUACCGGAUGAAGGAGGUGGUGUGUGAGUGUAAGCCCGGAUACGUUGGAGACGGCUUCAGCUGCACAGGAAACCUGAUGCAGGUCCUCCAAUCAACAGCCAGCUUCUCCAACUUCCUCACACAAAUCCUGAACAGCUCCCAGCUGUCGGAGUCGGGGAAACAGUUCGUGAAGCGCCUCAGCAACCUGACCGUCCAAUCAACGCUGUUCGUUCCUGAGAACAGCGGUCUGCCCGACAACCAGACCCUGUCUCAGAGGGACCUGGAGUUCCACCUGUCGGAGGGCCAGGCUCUUCCUCUGGACCACCUGAGGAACGGGACCCGGAUCAGGACUCGGGUCGGGAACCUGAAGGUGCUCGGAGUCUCCGCCCUGCUGAACCCCUCGGCCAUGGCGUCUCGGUACAUCAACGAUCGCUUCGUCACAGACUCGGACAUCUUGGCCUCGAACGGGUUGAUCCACGUCCUGCAGGGGCCGCUCAGAGCGCCCCCCCCCCAGCACCAGAUGGCGGUGGCCCACCAGGCGGGGGUGGGGGUGGGCGUGGUGCUGCUGGUGGUCCUGGUGCUGGCCGUGCUCUUCGUGGGGUUCCACUUCUACAAACACAACACCAAGCCGUUCCACUUCCACUACUUCAAGGACGAAGGGGAGGAGGAAGAGGAGGAAGAGGAAGGACGGGCGGUGGGCGGUCGCAGCAUCUGUAACCCGGGUUAUGAAGCGGAUCCAGAACCAGCAGAGUCCAAACCAGCAGAGAGCAGCAAUGAGGACCAACAGGAAGUGGAGAACGGGGCUUCCUACGACCUGCUGCAGGGGUAGGGUCAGGGGUCAGAACCCGGACCCUCUUCAUCACGGACUCAUGUUUUAAUAUUUCAUCUGGUGGAGGAUUCACUGAAGAGCUAUGAUGCGUUCAGGUGCCCAUCAGAUUCAGCGAGGUUAUAAAGAACUACCUGAUGUCACCAAACCUAAAGUUUGAAGAGGUUUCUUAUCUUUGUUACGAGGAGCGACAUGGAGAAUCAGACCUGAAGUCAAAUGUUGAUUAAAAUGUUUAAAAUA